AAAUUACUCAAAAUCCCUUUUCGCAAAUCUGUGCUCAAAUCAAACAGUUAACAAGGCCAUGUCUUUUUUUUUUUGAACAGCAGUAGUAGGUUCCUCUCUCUAUCUCUAGCUGCUUUCUGGGUUACUCUUGACCCUUCUCUGUAGGCUUCAGGAAAAUAAAAAAGCUUUCUUUUUCAAUUUUCAAUGGCGACUGAAGAGGUUAAUAAACCUCCAUCACUCCCUCCUUACCCCGAGAUGAUAUUUAGGGCUAUUGAAGCAUUGAAUAGUGAAAAUGGCUCAAACAAGUCCACAAUAUCAAAGUACAUUGAAUCAACAUAUGGGAACUUGCCCACUGGGCACUCAUCUUUGCUCACACACCAUUUGAACAUGAUGAAAGCCAGUGGAGAACUUGUGUUCUGGAAGAACAACUACAUGAAGAGGGAUCCCACGGCACCUCCCCGGCGGGGACGUGGCAGGCCUCCCAAACCGAAGGGCCCUCUUCCACCCAGUUCUGUUUUAUCCCCACCAAAACCGAGAGGCCGCCCGCCUAAGGACCCCAAUGCACCUCCAAAACCACCAAAACCAGUGCAGAUGAAGGUAUCUUCUGGGACUGGAAAAGCAAGAGGACGGCCAAGGAAAUUCCCUCUGGCAACAACCAUGCCAUCUCCUCCGACACCGAGUGGGAGGCCCCGUGGUCGACCUCCCAAGGUGAAGACUUCAUUGACUGAAGUUAGCGUUCAACAAUAGAUUGUUGCAGAGCAGUAUUAAUUGGUAGUGCCUUGACUCUCCCUCCCUCCCUCUCUCUCUCUCUCUGUGUUGCUGUGUGGGCAGUUUGUAGUUGUAGUGCUAGUUUUAGUUUGAUGUGGAUGUGGGUGUAAUUCAUGUAAAGUGUGGUGUAGUUGUUUGUGAGGCUCUGUUGCUUUCUAAUUUACAAAGUGAACAUUGACCUGUGCUAAUCAUAAUUUCUUCAGUGUUUCAAUCCUCAAAACAUUUUUUAGAUCGUCUGUUCAUUUGUGAAAAAAUCCCAAAUGUCGUAAAGUUGAAGUGAUCA